UGGCGCCCGCCGCCCGGAAGCGGCUCUGAGGCAGCUUCCGGUGCCGACCGUCAGCCAUGGCGGCGACGCGGCUGGAGCUGAACCUGAUGCGGCUCCUGAGCCGGUGCGAGGCCCUGGCGGCGGAGCGGCGGGACCCCGAGGAGUGGCGGCUGGAGAAGUAUGUGGCCGCUCUUGAAGACAUGCUCCGAGAGCUGAAGAAGCAGUCCGGCAAGCCAGCCCCAGAACUGCUGAAUGAAUACUCUCGCAAAGUGGACUUCCUAAAGGGACUUUUAGAAGCCGAAAAAUUGUCUUCAUCAACCGAAAAGGCUCUGGCAAAUCAGUUCUUGGCCCCUGGACGUACCCCUACAACAACCAAAGAGAGAACUCCAGCUACUAAAACAGUUCACCUGCAGACAAAGGCUCGUUGCACAGGCAAGAUGAGGAGCGAGCUGCUUGGUACAGAUCCCUUGGCUAUCAAUGAUUCUGAGGAGUUAAACAUCAGGAAGCGGAAAGGCCUUACGUCUGAUGAGAAGCAGUCAGCAGUCGAGCUGGAUGCUAUGUUACAGCACCAUCAGGAUAUGCAGGAGAAGUUAGCUGAAGAAAUGCUAAGUUUGGCUCGCAGUCUCAAAAACAACACUCUGGCUGCGCAGAACGUGAUAAAACAAGACAAUCAGACACUAUCGCAUUCUCUCAGGAUGGCAGACCAGAACUUCGAGAAGCUCAAGGAUGAAUCUGACCGCCUUGAACAGCACGCAAAGAAAUCGGUCAACUGGCUGUUGUGGAUAAUGUUAAUUGUAGUUUGUUUUAUAUUCAUCAGCAUGAUUCUCUUCAUCAGGAUUUUCCCCAAACUAAAAUGAUCGGGGGUUUUUAUUUAAAACCGCCAGAAGUGCAGUUGGAAAGCUCAGCUGGUGUGAUAACUGUCAGCAAUCAAUUGCUUUGCCACCUAUCACGUCCUGAAAGAGGCUGUCCAAGGCCUUGCGUCUUUCUUGUCCCAUCACUGGAUUCAGUGAAGGGUUUCAUGGGCGAGGCUUCCUACACUUGGAUACUUGGUUACUUUUUUUUGCGUAGUCAACCUGGUUACCUACUGAAGGGAGAUCUGGGAUAGAGAUGGCAAUUUACGCUGAGCUGCUAACAAGUUCCUUAGUGGAUAAAGUCCUGGUUUUAAUGUGGCUGUGAGAAAUGUUAUGACUCCUAAAAGGCAUUUAGUCGAUACAAAUCUAAGUAACAGUUGAAGUCUUAAAAUGUUUCCUGUCUUUACAGCUUUACUGUACUGAAGUAGGACCUUGCUGCCAACAGGAUAUUUAAAUACAAAGUUAUGUACAUACAGAGCUGUAGGGUGUAGGAGAAGAAUGCUGCCGCUGAGUUGCUUGCCUGGCUUGGAUUCAGAGUGUGUCAACAGGUAAAACUAUUCUCAGGCUCACCAUUUUCCCAGAUGGGUAUUUGGGACUUGGAACUUCUCAGUCACCUUCAGUUUAGACUUGCUAUAGGAGGGCUGAAGUUGCUUGCUGUUGCAGUGUUUGCUUUCCUUUGUGUAUGUGCAAAUGUUGUCACUUAUUGUCCGUCUGUUGAUGCUUUUGCAUCAAGGAAACACUGUGACCCUGGUACCAUAGAAUUGUACACACAGGGCUCUCCCUACAGUAUGGACCUCACCUGUACAAACAUUUUUUCACUGUAAGGUGAGGGCAAAGGACGCUGGUGCCUUCAAGACAGAAAGAAUAAUAAAAACUAAUCAGCCUUUACCUUUUGAGACAAGUUAUUCUGUUCGAGACUGUUCCUGUCAAACUUGUAUUCUUAAGAGGCCACUACAAUAAAGCAGAGAUGAAAUAAACUCAAAUGAGUAUUUUUAAAACAUUGCUACUGCUAGAAGAAUUUAGAGCCUGCAGUAAAGCAAGGUUUGUUGUGACAACGUAAGAGCCAUUUUUAAGUGCUUGUGAUAAGCCAAAAGCAAACCAUUCUGCAUCUGUCCUGUCGUUUCUGGAGUCUUACUCUGGAAAGCGUUGGUGUUCAGGGGUGUGCAGUUUCCCGCUGAGGAAGCGAGGAGCAGCAGAUGACCCCCAAGUGUUCUUUUGCCACAUCUGUUUCUGUUUGGGACCACUAGAUGGGGUGUUAUAGGCCUCUUUGAUCUCCACAGCAGCCCUGGGUGCGAGGAAGAUGAGGGGGGAAGAGCUGUUUGUGACAACAGUUGGGUUCUUAUGAAAAUCCGACUGCUGCUUUGAACGCGUCCCAGGGCAGCAGGCUCUGUUUCAGAAUUGUUCUUUGUUCUUUACAAAAACAGCUGUGUUGUUGAAGACAAUUAACAUUUUUUUACAUAAAGUAUUUUUGUUCAUUUAACAGGAUGUUUGCAAGUUAGUAUGUCAUUCACUUAUGGAUUAUCAAAUGAGUGAUUGUAUGAUGAAUUACAGCUUUUUCUCCUAGCUGCUCAUCUAUGUGAUAUGCUCAUUCUGUUUGAGCAAACUUAUUACUUACCUUGAACUUUAUAGAAAUUCAUAAUUGUAGCAAUUCAUUUAUGGACAUUUCUACUUUUCCCAGAAGUUUUUCCAACUGUAAUGUUUGACAUUUCACUGUGCUUCAUUAGUGAAUGCUGUGCCACCAAAUUAUUUUUUAAUUCUAAUUGUUUAGGACUUUCCCUGCAGGCGUUUCAGUGCUGAGCUCGUCUCUUAAGGCAGAGGUUUGAAUGUAGUGCUGGAAUGCUUUUUGUGUGUGAGAUAUUGGAAUGAUACAACAUUAAGGCUUCACUGUCUAUAACGUUUUUCCCUUUAUUACUUGAAAUAAAUUUUUUUCCAGCUUGUAAAA